AUGAGGGUUUCUGGACUUUUUGGGGCCAUCACGUCAGCCAUAACAUUGUUGGGCUGCCUACCAGGCGCCGCGGCUUAUAAGGAUGGCAUCUGGUCCAGCUUCCGGCAAACCAUCGGCAAGGCUUUCCCAAACUCGGGAGCCGGCGGCCGCAUGCAUUCUCAGAAUAUCGAGCCGAGAGAGAGACAAGACGAUCCGCCAGACGUCAUCCUCUUCCUCUUAUUCGUCCUCUCGGCCUUCCUCUUCCGUUUCAGAAUCAUCAACUUCAACCUGGGCCGGAUAUGGACCCCCUCCAAGUGCUGUCUCGUCGACCACAUCCCCAGAAACCUCAUCUUUGCGGACAUCGACUGGCUCCGGCACCUCAUCCGGUGCGGGUUAUGGGACUGGCACUACGGAGAGUGGUGGUUAUCCAUUCCCGUACUCAGCAUCUGGUUCCUCGACUGGAAGCAGCACCGCCAUUGGGUCUCAAACGGGGUCUGCACUGUCGAGUACUGGCACGUCUUCUGCCUCGACCUCGCUAAGCGAAGAUCCCCAGACCACACAGACGAUUGA